GAUAGCUAGGUCAUUGCGUCCUGAAAACUAUAGUAUGGUAUGCUAUGCUUGAGAUGAGGACUACGGCAGGUGGUUAUCCAGUAUAGGUGUAAAACAUGAAAUACGACGGGUGGCGAAAAUACCUUGUAGCUGGUUGGGCCAUACUUGAGACAUUCUUGUUCGCCGGCCUGAUUUAUGGAUGGGCGCCAUUGGUAUGGAUAUUCAAACAGGAAGGGGUAUAUGCAAAUCUGUGUUCAGGCAGCACAAAUGUCACCCUUUUCUACUCCAAUUUGUCGAUCGACGGGCAAAGCUCAUAUAACGUGAUGACCAUGAGGAGCAGCAGUGCACCGACUACCGACGGAGACCUUGAGCACGACCUCACCUGCCAACCACAGGACGACAAGUUUGCACUGGCAUUUACCAUAGGAUCAGCAAUAUUCUGUGCAAGUUCAGCAGCAUACGGUUUCAUUAUCUACAAAACCGGCACUAGGUUCGCUCGUACAAUAUCCAUGACGAUAUUUGUUGGCGGAACAACAAUGCUAGCGUUUGUUGAUAAAGAAAAACCUUGGCUCGUUUUUCCGGGAUUGGCAAUCAUGGGUGUUGGAGGAUUGCCUGUCCUUAUUACGAAUGCUCAGAUCUCCAACUUAUUUGUAAAAGGCAGUUCCACCUUUAUCGGCCUGCUAUGCGGGGCCUACGACGCAUCGUCUUCUGUGCUACUUAUCAUUAAGCUUGCGUAUGAGGAAGGAAUGCAGAGUCAGUAUUCUUUCGGUAUUUUGGCUGGUCUGCAAGUCAUAGUUGCAGUAAGUACCUUUGUUUUUCUGCCCAAAGAUCGCAUUCAUAAGCUGGAAACGUCAAACCAGGCAGGCGGGGAGGAAACUGUCGAAUCCUUUAUUACGGAAAAAACAGACAUCCAAGAUCCAGAUUCGCCAGUGUAUUUAAAAACUACCGAACCACUAAAGGAGAAUUCGGAAACGUCUCGAAGACGUCAUCCGUCCCUGAAAAACUGCAUCAUCUCCGACACGUAUAUACUGCACGUGCUUUGGGUGUGCAUACUUCAGUUGAGGUUCUACUACUUCCUCGGUUCCAUGAACAGCUAUCUACACAGGAUAACAGAUAACAACAAACUUUUAGUGAGUCAAUUCACCAAUACCAUGAUGUAUACAAUGGUAUGUGGCGCUAUUUCUUCCUCGUUUGCUGGAGUUGUAUAUGAUUGGCAACGAAAAAUAUUUCGCGAGAGACAUUCACAUCUCCAGCGCCAAAUAUUGCCUUCCAUCCUGCCCAUUAGUGUUGGUAGUGGUUUAGGUAUGCUCCUGUCUGUGAUGGUCCUAGUUCCCAGUCUGGACAUCCUGUAUGGCGAUUUUAUCGUCAUGACAUUACUACGGUCAUUCCUGUACAGUUCCGCAACUACCUUCCUAGCCACGGUGUUUCCGAGCGAGUACUUUGAGGUGUUAUACGGAAUAAUGAUAAUAACGGCAGGAGUGUUUGGCUGUCUACAGUUUGCAUUAUUCACCUGGUCACAGAGUUAUCAAGCAGCCCCCGUUCAUUCUGACGUGUUCUGUAUAUGCCUAACAGCAGUGUCAUUUAUACACCCUAUCUAUCACUGGUUCAAGUGUCGACGUGACACCGACUACAAUCUCGACAAAAAUUGAUUCAGCGGAAACAACAUUAAAUAGUGCCAUGACUGGUUGUUUAUAAAUUUGAUAAUAUAUUUAUACCAUCAGUUUUUAA